AUGGCUAGGAAAGAUGAAGCUAAAAUCAAAGCUUUAUCGGAGGACCUUCAGAAAGAAAAAGAUCAUUCCCGCAAGCAAGGCCAAAAGAUAGAGAAGCUUUUGACUCGAUGCAUGCAACGUCAAAUGAGCGCCGACGAAGCUUCUUCCUCGCUGGAAGAUAUUCGCGCUGAGAUGGUGAACCUUACAACUCAAAAUGAUUUUUAUGUUUCUAAGAACUCCAUCCUUAAUGAAAAGGCCGAGAGUCUUUGCUUGCAAGUGGACCGUUUGUCAGUUGAAUGCUCCCGUAACGAGGAACUGAACCUCCAUCUCCACAAUGACAACCUGCGCCUUAAGUUAGAGCUUCAACGGGUCUCUAAUUCUCUUACGACCUCGCGGAGCCUCCAUUCUUCGUCGAUAGCCAACUAUAAGAAACUGGAGGAAGAUUACGAUCGAGUGAUCAAAAGCAAAAUCGAGAUCGCAUCUACUCUUCGUAGGUCUCGGAACACUGUGGAUGGUCUAAACGAGGAGGUUGAUUGUUUGAAGAAAAAGGUGAAACUAUUGCAAGAUAAAUUAGCCACUUCCUCUCGUGCAAAACCUGCGAAAUCCUCUCCUCCGAUCAAGCCUGCAAGUCUCCGUGGAAAAGGUGCUCUCGCCAUUCAGUCUGACAAGAGUACUUUGAAAUCCCCUCAUGGUGAAGUUUCUCUUAUCUUCGCAGAAUCAUAUGAGCGUCACAAGAGUCAGGUCCUUCGUAUCACCAGGGAGAGAGAUGAAGGUCGUGGUGACGUUUCUCAUCUUAAUGAGGAGAUUGAGAGUCUAAAUGAUAACAUGGACGAGAUCAUUGAUUCUUCCAAGAAGGUAGCCAAGACGGCCCGCAAGAAUACUCAGAGCUAUUUGGUUCCACUAUUCAAUGACUAUUGCGCUGAGCAUGGGAUUCCUCCUCCUUCUUUUCCUUUGGAGAUUUUUUCUGAUGAUGAGAAGCCUCAGGAUGAAGCUGAUGAUCCUACCAACGAGGAAUUAUCCCUUGAUGACGACGAGGAACCAAAAGUUGACACCUCGAAGGACAACGAGGGGUCCAAGGGAGCUUCUACUAGCAUUACCGAGGAAGGCGGCGAGAUCCCCGAGUCAACCAUCAUCGAUAGUGCCAUUCCUCAGUAG